AUGCGUUUGUUAUCGUUAACAAUUUUAUUUGUAUGUGUUGCUUCGACAACAGUAUCAGCACGUACAUUUCGUCUCACAAAUAAUUGUGAUCAAAAAUUAUGGUUUGGUAUACAAGGUCAACCAUUAGUUUAUGGUGGUGGUGUUGAAGUCAAUAUACGUUCAUCUUUGGAUCUUAAUAUUCCAGAUGGAUGGGUAAGUGGACGAAUUUGGCCACGUACUGGAUGUAAAUCCGUCAAUGGAAAACUUGUAUGUGCAACAGGGGACUGUGGAGCUCCAAUAAAUGGUUUUGGUGUACAAUGUAAUGGUAUUGGUGGUCAACCACCAGCUACGAUCGCUGAAUUCACAUUAGAUGGAUGGGGUGGAUCAGAUUAUUAUGAUUUAUCUAAUGUUGAUGGUCAUUCAAUUGGUAUGACAAUUCGACCAAUUCCUGGUCAAUAUACAAUGGUUAAUAAUCCAUCAUUGGGACAAUACAACUGUGGAUCAGCUACAUGUACAUUUGAUGCAAACAGAUGUCCACCUGAAUUACAAAUGGAUGAUGGUGCUGGUCAUAAAGUUUGUGCUAGUAUUUGUGCUGCUAUUCAUAAUGCUGGACAACGUGCUAAACAUACUCAUUUACAAAAUAUCUACAAUAAUCCAGACACACGUUCACUUGUUUGUUGUUCCUGUGAUGGAAAUUAUUGUGUUUCACCACAUGAUAAUGUAACACCAGGUAGAAAAUGUUAUGUAGAACAAUGGCCACGAUCAACACAAAAUACACGUUACGAUGAAGUAUUUAAAUCUCAAUGUCCAGAUGCUUAUUCAUGGCAAUUUGAUGAUUUUGCUAGUACUUAUCAAUGUCAUAAAGCAAAUUAUGAAAUUAUCCUUUGCCCAUCUGGUGGUUCAACAACAAGUGGACCUAAUCCAACAACAUCACAACCAUCAACAGGCAACGUUUGUAAUGGACAAGGAUUUGACCCUAAUAUGUAUUGGUGUGAUGGUGGUCGUCUUUGUCUCAAAGGUGAAAAAGCAUGUGGAUCAAAUCCCCAUGCAUGCUAUAAAGAAUCAAUGUAUAAUUGUGUCAAUGGACAACUUCAACCAAAAUAA